AUGCAUUUUAUGGCAGGCCCUGCAAGGAGCAAGAGUCUGGGGCCUCUGUGCCUCCACAGCACCCCUCAAGCCCUGUACAUGGUCUUCUUAAUAGUGCUGGUCAUGAUGAGUUUGGCAUUUGGUAAGUUUGUUCCUAUCAAUUGGGAACCCCCUCAACCACUUCCAUUCCCCAAAUACCUGCGCUGCUACCGAUGCCUCUUGGAGACCAAGGAGCUAGGGUGCCUUCUGGGAUCUGACAUCUGCCUCACCCCGGCUGGCAGCAGCUGCAUCACUCUCCACAUAAAGAACAGUAAUGGUUCUGACAUCAUGGUGAGUGACUGCCGAAGUAAGGAGCACAUGAGUGAUUGUUCAAAUACCCGAACUUCUCCGGUUUCUGGCUUCUGGAUAUUCUCUCAAUGCUGCUUCCUGGAUUUCUGCAAUGACCCUCAAAACAGAGGACACUAUACCUUAGAGUGACUGCAACAACCUUUGGCAUAACAUUCCAUCC